GCCGUCAAAAACAACAACAGGCGUCUCUUACCGACACAGCGUUUCAUACACUAUUAUUCUAACCAAAAAAAACGAGUUAUCUAGAUAAUAUUAGGGUUAACAUCGAUGCAACCGGUUCCAGAGUAGUUACAGUUUUCUUCGUGUUUAUUUAUAGACACGGCGAGGUGUUGAAAAUGAAAAUGAGUUUGGGUUUAGCCGUGAAGCUAAACGUUUAGCAAAAUGCACUGAGAUGUGUUCACAAAUAACAAAACGAUAGACCGGUCAGGGUGGAGAAAAACAACCCAGCUAUGUUAUGGAGUAUCUAGAUUAAGUGUCAGAUCUUACUAUAUUACAUUCUGCCCAAAGGACAAAAGGAGAGACAGUCAAACCCAGUUAGUUAUGACCAUGUCGCUGAUCCAGGCCUGCCGCAGUUUGGUCUUAUCUACAUGGCUUUUAUCGUUUUGUUUCGUCCACUUCUUCUGUCUGGAUUUCACCGUGGCCGAGAGAGAGGAGUGGUACACCGCUUUCAUCAAUAUCACCUACAUAGAUCCGAUCACCUCUAUGAUCCGGACGGAGAAGACUGAAUGCGGUCGAUAUGGGGAACAUUCACUGAAACGCGACGCCAAAGGAGUCGUGAUACUUCCAUCUCUUUCCCAGGACUGGCAAGCCUGUGAUCCGGGUACCUUGUUCCCGGUUCCGGUCCAAGGCAGUGCAUGGAUAGCUCUGAUAGCCAGUGGAAACUGCACCUAUAAGGAAAAGAUUCGACAUGCAGCGAACCAAAACGCCUCGGCCAUUGUCGUAUUCAACGUUGGAUCCAGCAACGCCAAUGAUACAAUCACCAUGUCAUAUUCAGGUAUGGGUGAUGUGGUCGCCGUCAUGAUCCCAGAACCUAAAGGUCGCGAGGUGGCCGCUCUGCUAGAGCGGAACGUCACGGUAACCAUGCACAUCACCAUAGGAACGCGUAACCUCCAGAAGUACGUGAGCAGGACGUCGGUGGUGUUCGUCUCCAUCUCCUUCAUCAUCCUGAUGAUCAUCUCUCUGGCCUGGCUCGUCUUCUACUAUAUACAGAGGUUCCGAUACGCCAACGCACGAGACCGGAACCUGAGACGUCUGGGAGAUGCAGCUAAGAAGGCCAUCAGUAAGCUGCAGGUCAGGACCAUCAGGAAGGGAGACGGGGAGACGGAGUCAGACUUUGAUAACUGUGCCGUGUGUAUCGAGGGUUACAAGCCAAACGACGUGGUCAGGAUCCUACCCUGCAGACACCUGUUCCAUAAGAACUGUGUGGACCCCUGGCUGCUGGACCACAGGACCUGUCCCAUGUGCAAGAUGAACAUCCUCAAAGCCCUAGGCAUCGCCUUAAAUGCAGACUGUCUGGAUGACGUGCCAUUGGACUAUGAGAUGAUGAGUGUGGGUGGUGGUGGGGGGGUCGGGGUUCUGGGCCUAGAGGCUGUGGUGUCGGGAGGGUCCAGUGACGGGACCCUCAGUGAGGGAGGGUCGGUGGUUCUAGACCCGGGGGUGCGGAGGGUGGGGCUCCCCCAAGACUACCACGACCCAGACCCUCUGAGGGAUAGUCCCAUUACUGCUACUACUGAUACCCACACAGGUGAGUUCCAGCCCAUGACCAGCAGUGCGUCUGUGGCAUCCCUGGUGAUCGCCGUGGAAACUGGGCUGUCUGACGAAGAACUGUCACUAGAACCACCAACCCCUACUGGGGACAACCAGUCCUGAGACCACAGGGCCUAACUGGGGCCACACUGGUGCCAGAACCAUGACUGUACCGGGGUUAAGUCUGGUUUAGCCUGGCCCUGGGACAAAUCUAACCUGGGACAGAGGACGGAGACAUACCUGCAGGCUAAGAUUUACUUGGACUAUGGCUGCAUGCAUGGACAUACCUCUCUAUGGCUACCUGGGAUGGACCUACCUGUCUAUGGCUACCUGGGAUGGACCUACCUGGAUAAACUGAUCUGGGAUGGACAUACCUGUCUAUGGCUACCUGGGAUGGACAUACCUGUCUAUGGCUGCCUGGGAUGGACCUACCUGGAUAAACUGAUCUGGGAUGUACCUACCUGUCUAUGGCUACCUGGGAUGGACCUACUUGGGAUGGACCUACCUGGAUAAACUGAUCUGGGAUGGACCUACCUGGGAUGGACCUACCUGGGAUGGACCUACCUGGGUUGAACCUACCUGGGAUGGACCUACCAGGGUUGGACCUACCUGGAUAAACUGAUCUGGGAUGGACCUAGCUGGGAUGGACCUACCUGGGAUGGACCUACCUGGACAAACUGAUCUGGGAUGGACCUACUUGGGAAGGACCUACCUGGAUAAACUGAUCUGGGAUGGACCUACCUGGGAUGGACCUACCUGGGAUGGACCUACCUGGGAUGGACCUACCUGGAUAAACUGACCUGGGAUGGGAUUACCUGGGAUGGGAUUACCUGGGAUGGACCUACCUGGGAUGGGAUUACCUGGGAUGGACCUACCUGGGAUGGGAUUACAUGGCUCACCUCCUACCUACCUGGGGAAUAGACUGGCUAUGGUUUAUGGUCCUCUGUCCUGUAUGGAUUAUGGAGCUGUAACUACAGUAUGGAGUAAAAGGUGUGGCUAUACCUUCCUGAGAUAUGGACUUGGCUGGUUGGUUACCUGGUGGCCUAUUCUGUGUGAUGGAACUGUUACAUGGAGCCCAGGAAAUGCAUCUGGAACAAAGUGUUUCACAAUAAGAGUUCAGAUCACGCACUGACCAAUAUGAAACAACGGAACCUUGGGAUCUGUUAAACCCAUAUCUCUAGAAGCGACAGUUUUAAACGGAACCUUGGGAUCUGUUAAACCCAUAUCUCUAGAAGCGACAGUUUGAAACGGAACCUUGUCCACCAUCACGCAGACACACACAGUACUGUUGUAGCUUACAUGACACGAGGUUCACUCAAUACUCGUGAACAACCGGUGCAGAUAUCACGGGGACUUUUAUUUUGGAAAAAGCCCUCUGGGAGAUGUAGUCAGUGGACCUGCUUGGACAUUAUCUCCGCUGUGUCUGGAACGAGGCUGGUCUCUACCUACGGUAACCAUGGAUACGAACACACAACUACGUAGCGUUGGUCCGACAACACUGCGGUAUUUUUAAAGUACCUCACCAGUAUUAUCUAUACCCUGCCUGUGUCUAUUUCUAUGGUCAUAUAUCUGCCGGUCAGUCUGUCUAUAUCUGUACCAUGAUCUCACAGUAUUGCAUUCUUGUAUUAUUGUUUAUUAUUCCUGCUUUUAAAGUUGUUGUUUUUUUACUACCAUACAGUACCUCUGUCUGGCUUAACUGGCCAAUCAGAGUUGGUUGUGUCUUUUGACUGGCCAAUCAGAGUUGGUUGUGUCUUUUGACUGGCCAAUCAGAGUUGGUUGUGUCUUUUGACUGGCCAAUCAGAGUUGGUUGUGUCUUUUGACUGGCCAAUCAGAGUUGGUUGUGUCUUUUGACUGGCCAAUCAGAGUUUGUUGUGGUUGUGUUGUUGCCAUGGUGUUGCCAAUAACUGCCAUUUUUAAAACCAGGGCCAUGUUCAGUAGGAAAAGGUUUUGGAACGUUCUAGACAAAAAAAAAUCUAUGAAUAGAGCCGCUGUGAUUUCAGUAUUUUACACGUCAGAGAGGCAUGUUUGUUUGACACUGAACAAAAAUAUCAACACAACAUGUAAAGUGUUGGUCCCAUGUUUCAUGAGCUGAAAUAAAAACAGAAAUGUUCCAUAUUCACAAAAAGCUUAUUUCUCUCAAA